AUGUUCAUCCUCGACGAAAUCCAUUUCGCCGACGGAACGUCCCUCUACAACGUCCUUGGUGGAGGCGGCGUUUUUGCCAUGGUCGGCUCGCGGCUCGUCCUCGGAAGCCAGCACAGCAGGCUCUGUGGUGGCAUUAUAGAUAUAGGCAGCGAUUGUCCGGAAGAAAUACUACAGGAGCUGCAGAGCUGGAACCUGGGCGCGGUUUUCCGCUACGACAAUACGCGGCUAUGUACGCGCGGAUGGAACAAGUACGGACUCAACGACUGGCGGGAGUUCAAGUAUAUGACGCCCAAACGGAGAAUUGAGGUGGACGAUUUGAAGCAGCACGAGCACUUGAUCCGCUCGCGGUCGUUCCAUCUGCUGUGUUCGCCAGGCUCGCUGCGCGAGAUGCUGGAAUCCAUCAUUUCUGCAAGACCAGACAAGCCGCUCAUUGUCUACGAAGCCAUUCCUGACCGGUGUCGCCCAGAGCAUCUGGACGCCCUGAACGCGGCCCUUGAACACGUUGACGUGUUCUCUCCCAACGCGGCAGAGGCUGCUGCAUUUUUUGGCGAGCCUGAGCCAACCGAUAAGGAAAACUGUGAAAGGGUAGCACGCAUGCACAAGGCCCGCGUGCUGCUGGUGCGCUGCGGCGCUUUGGGGUCGCUUCUGUACGCCAUUGGCCAGACCAAAUGGUUUCCCGCGUACCACAACGACCCUGCGCGCAGCGACUACAAGAUGGUGGACCCGACCGGCUGCGGGAACACGUUUGUCGGGGCGUUUGCUACGCAGCUGGCUCUGAGCGGCGACCUGGAAGAGGCGUGUAUUUUUGCGACGGUAGCAAGCGGGCUGGCGAUUGAGCAAUACGGCCCGCCGCGGCUGGAGGACACAGACCGCUGGAAUGGCUCGCACUUUGAGCAGCGGGUCCGAAUUUACCGCAACAGACUGGUAGCUCCAAACUGA